UAGAAAUGGCCCCACAGUAUACAGUCUUAUUGCCAACAUUUAAUGAAAGUGAGAAUCUUCCAAUUUGCAUAUGGCUUCUUGAGAAGUAUUUGGCGGACGUAAAUUACGAGGUCUGUUCAUUUCAAAAGGAGUAUGGCGAGGACAAAAUUAUACUGAAGCCAAGAGAGGGAAAGCUUGGCUUGGGUACUGCGUACAUACAUGGCUUGAAAUAUGCAAGAGGAGAGUUUAUAAUUUUGAUGGACGCAGAUUUAUCACAUCACCCGAAAUUUAUUCCCGAAAUGAUCAAGCUACAGGAGAAAGAAAACCUGGAUAUUGUGACGGGAACACGUUAUGCACUUGGAGGAGGAGUUUCAGGUUGGGACGUAAAGAGGAAAACUAUAAGCAAAGGGGCCAAUUUUUUAGCUCAGUUCCUUCUCAAUCCUGGAGUCUCUGAUUUAACUGGUUCAUUCCGUUUGUAUCGUAAGGAUGUACUUGCCAAACUUAUUCAUGAAAGCGUUAGCAAAGGAUACGUUUUCCAAAUGGAGAUGAUGUUCCGAGCGAGCAAAGCUGGUUACAAAAUAGGCGAGGUUCCCAUCACAUUUGUGGAUCGCUUCUUUGGCGAGUCCAAAUUAGGAAGUCAGGAGAUCAUUGGCUACGUGAAAGGGCUGAUGUACCUAUUCUUCUGCGUUAAUUAGUA